AUGGCGGAAAAGAAUAAGAAUAUUCAGGAGCAGACAGCGGAGGGAAUCAUCUAUCAAAUUUAUGGUCCUGUAGUUGAUGUUAUGUUUGAGGGGGCAGGGCAACCCCUUGUAAACGAAAAACUUUCCAUAGUAGGUCCAAAUAACGAAAACUUAGGGGCUUUAGAAGUUUCACAACUUAUAGGGGACGGGAUUGUACGUUGUAUUGCUAUUACACAAACAAUUGGACUUUCACGAGGAACUAAGGUUUUAAGAACUUAUAACUGUAUCACUGUUCCUGUAGGACGCGGAAUACUAGGAAGAAUGUUUAAUGUGCUUGGAGAACCUAUUGAUGGAAUGCCAGAACCUGAAGUAUUUGAGAGAAAUCCUAUUCAUGCACUUCCACCUUCACUUAAGGAUCAAUCUCCUACAGUGGAAAUCAUGGAAACAGGAAUCAAGAUUAUUGACUUACUUGUUCCUUAUGCGAAAGGUAGCAAAAUUGGAUUGUUUGGUGGAGCUGGUGUGGGUAAGACAGUUAUUGUUACAGAACUUAUUAAUAACUGUGCUAUGGGGCAUGAUGGGUUGUCAAUUUUUGUGGGUGUAGGAGAAAGAUCAAGAGAGGGUAACGAUUUGUAUUUUGAAAUGAAAGAAUCUGGAGUUUUAAGUAAUACAGUUCUUUUGUUUGGGCAAAUGAACGAGACUCCAGGCGCAAGAAUGAGAGUUGCUUUAUCUGGUCUUACAAUGGCAGAAUAUUUCAGGGAUGUUAACUGUUCAGAUGUGCUUCUAUUUAUUGAUAAUAUCUUCCGUUUUUCACAAGCUGGUUCUGAGGUUUCCUCUCUUCUUGGUCGUACCCCAUCUUCUGUGGGUUAUCAACCAACUUUAGCUUAUGAAAUGGGUAGAUUACAAGAAAGAAUUGCUUCCACUAAGAAUGGAUCAAUUACUUCUAUUCAAGCAGUUUAUGUGCCUGCUGAUGAUAUUACUGAUCCGGCUCCUGCAGCAGUAUUCUCACAUUUGGACGCAAAAGUUGUUUUGGAUAGAAAAAUUGCUUCUCUAGGUAUUUAUCCUGCGGUUUCUCCUCUUCAAUCUUCCUCUAAUCUUUUAAACCCUGAUUAUGUGGGUGUUGAACAUUAUGAAAUAGCAAAUAAAGUUGUGGAAAUUCUUCAGAAGUAUGAGGAAUUACAAGACAUUAUUGCAAUUUUGGGUAUAAAUGAACUUUCCUUAGAGGAUAGAAAUCUUGUUUAUAGGGCUAGAAAAAUUAGGAACUUCUUUUCACAACCAUUCUUUGUGGCUGAGAAAUUUACAAACAUUAAGGGUAGAUAUUUGAAGAUUUCUGAAACUUUGAAAUCGUUCAAACAAAUUAUUGAUGGAGAGGUGGAUGAUUUACCAGAAGAAGCAUUUUUAUAUGUGGGAGAUAUAGAGGAUGCUAGAGCUAAAGCAGAACUGCUAAAACAACAAAGAGAAGCUAAGAUUAAAAAUUAG